AUGGACCGGCAGGGUUUGGCUCUGGGCCAGCGCAAUUUAGUCCCCCACAAAGCUCCCGCGGCCGCGGAGGAUUCCGAGGUGGAAGAGGCUAUCAUGAUCGUGGACGGAGAGAACCCGAAGAUCGACCAAAAGCGAAGCAUCCUAUUCCUGACUGCGCCCCGUGGCUACUAUUUUUGGAAAUUUCCAGAGCAAGUUUUGAAGGGCGUGGUCGAAUUUGAUCGCCUUGAGCGUGAGAAGAAGGAAAGAAAAGAACGGGGGGAGCCCGAGAUGCCAGCCAAAAAGGAAUCGCCUACACCACAGGACGACCGUAUAGAGCCCCAACCAACACCACAAGAGGCAGAACGCGCAGACUAUGACUCGGACUAUGAAGAGGUCGAGGUUACAGACAGCGAGGGGGAAGAGGGCCAACCAUCAAAGCGUGCACGCGCUGAAAGUGAGGAUGUGAAGGAUCAGCCGUUAGAGUUCAACGAAGAAGACAUGGCAUACCAACUAGCAGCCAUGGGUGAAGACUACGGACUGGACCCUGGGGAAUAUGGCGAGGUCGGGGAAGAAGAUUGGGAAGAGGGCGCAGAGGGCCUACCGUUGACAGAGGCCGAUGCUGAGGCCCUCUUCCGCGACUUGCUCGAUGACUUCCGAAUCAACCCAUUCACCACAUGGGAAAAUAUCAUUGAAGAAGGCCGCAUCAUUGAAGAUACCCGGUAUACUGCACCCUCGAACAUGAAGACACGACGAGAGAUCUUUUCCAAUUGGUCCCGGGACCGAAUUCAAUAUGUGAAAGAGCAGAAAGCGAAGCAGGAGAAAACAGACCCGCGCAUUAGUUACCUGGCAUUUUUGCAAGAACAUGCGACUCCGAAGCUUUACUGGCCGGAGUUCAAGCGCAAGUACAGGAAAGAGCCUGAAAUGAAGGACUCUCAGCUUGGGGAUAAAGAGCGCGAGAAGUUCUACCGGGACCACAUCUCGCGUCUCAAGCAACCCGAAAGCACUCGCAAGUCAGACCUGUCAGCUUUGCUCAAAUCUGUUCCUUUGGAUUUGUUGCACCAGUCGUCGAAUUUGGAGCAUCUGCCCACCAUGAUCAUCACCGAUAUUCGUUAUAUCGGACUCACGCCCGAGGUUCGAAACCCAUUGAUUGAGGCAUACAUAUCUACUCUGCCUCCGGCGCCGGAGGUACAGAUGACGGCAGAAGAGCUGGAAGAAGUCGACCGAAAACGAGUUGAACGGGAGAAACGCGAGAGGGCCCUUGCAGAUCGGGAGAAGCGGGUGGAGGACGAGAAACGGAGACAGCGAGGAGAUCUUCUCCGUGGAAAGCAUCUACUCCGAGAAGGGGAGGCCGAGAUUGAACAAGCAAUGCGCGUCAACAAGGAGGGCCUAAUGAGCUACAUGGAUAUUGAUCAGGCGGCAGAUGAGGCACAGAAGCCGAGUCAAUAA